AGGAAAGAGAAAUUGAAGAUAUCAGAGGAAUAACAGUGGUUUCUCUAUUCAAAAUUACAACAUAUAUAGAAUCAAGAACCAUACACAAAGAUAGGAUAACUGUUUCUAAAAAAUUCUUAUGGGAAUGAAUCUGUUUUUGAAGAAUUGGAUGAUACCCAGUUGGGUUUUGUCUUGUUUACUUCUAGUUUUGGUGCCAAUGGAUGCUGUUAGGCCAGACCCUCCUCUUUCCUCCAUUGCUGAUCCUGUUCUUCCCACCGAGAAAAAGCCUCCAUUUUCUCGAAUACCCACGGAAUAUGAAGCUCAUUCUCCAGGAGUGUCAGAAAUCAUAGUUCACCAUGAGGAUUUAAACAAGAAGAUUCUUGUCGCCCUCAUUAUUGCUUCAACUCUCCUUGCUGGAAUCUUGGUGUUCUUAUUCUGUUUUUGGAUCUUCAAGCAAAAGAAUUCAGAACCCCUGAAUGCCAAACAACCCCCAAAAUGCCAAGAUGCUUCAAAAGGGUUGUCAUUGGGUCCAAUCUUAGAUAAAUUCACCCCUUCAAGAAUUGCUGGUAGAAAAGGCUCAGUAACUGUUAUUGACUACGAGUGGUUGGUUUCUGCGACAAACAAUUUUCAUGAAGAGAAUAUCGUCCGUGUGGAGACGUCCGGCCAUUUGUAUAAAGCUCGUUUUAAUGAUCAUUUUGUUGCAGCUGUGAAAAGACUCCAUGGCAGAGGACCAGAUGCCCAAAGAGGAUUUGAGAAUGAAGUGGAGUGGCUAGGCAAACUCAAGCAUCAAAAUGUAGUUAAUCUUAUGGGUUACUGCAUACAUGAUGACACCAGAUUUUUGGUCUACGAAAUGAUGCAUCAAGGUUCUUUAGAAUACCAAUUGCAUGGACCUUCUCAUGGAACAUCAUUAACUUGGCAGCGCCGAAUGAAAGUUGCACUCGAUAUUGCACGAGGAUUAGAGUAUCUUCAUGAGCGAUGCAACCCACCCGUGAUUCACAGAGAUCUCAAAUCAUCAAACAUUUUGCUAGAUUCCAGCUUCAAUGCUAAAAUUUCUGAUUUUGGGCUUGCUGCCACCGGGCUUAAUGCCAAGAACAAAGUAAAGAUUUCGGGAGCUUCAGGUUAUGUGGCUCCAGAAUACCUUUCGGAUGGUAAACUUACCGAUAAAAGUGAUGUAUACGCAUUUGGAGUUGUACUUCUUGAGCUUUUGAUAGGAAGAAAACCCGUGGAGAAAAUGUCACCAUCUUUAUUCCAAUCUAUCGUCACAUGGGCAAUGCCUCAGUUAACAGACAGAUCAAAGCUUCCAAAUAUCGUUGACCCCGUGAUUAGAGAUACAAUGGACUUGAAGCACUUGUAUCAAGUUGCUGCGGUAGCCGUGCUCUGUGUGCAACCCGAACCAAGUUACAGGCCAUUGAUAACAGACGUAUUGCAUUCAUUCAUUCCACUGGUACCCGUUGAGCUCGGAGGAUCACUAAGAACUUAAAAACCUCCAAAUUAGGUCUUCUCGAAUUGCUUGUUCGACUUGUUGAUUUCUUGCACGUUUUCAGCGGCAACCAUCAAAUCUAAAAAUGGUAUAAACCAUUUCAUGGCGUAUUUAAAUGAUUGCCGCUGAAAAUUCUAUAGGAACCCCUAACCGUUUACCCCUCUCUUUUUUUGGCAUCUUUUUGUUUCUAAUGAUAUCUUGCUGAUCCUACAAUAGCGAUGCAUCACAUGGUUGUAACGCGUGCAUGUAUGGCUGUACGUUUCGAGGGAGGUCGUAAUAAUUUUUGGAAACAGCAAGUACGAUGUACAUGAGAUAACAUUUAAUGUAAACGAAGGGAAUUCGUUAGCUCUUCU